AUGUAUUGUAAUGUGCAGAACAAUGCCAGUCCAGUGGUUAAAGCGUGGAGAACUUUCCAGUUCAUCAGCCCCAUCAUCACCUACAUGCGUGGGGGAUCCCGGCAGGUGGUGGUGAGGAUGCACCACGUGAGUAGGGUGAGAGGCCCGGAGACUCAACUGGUGUGGGCCAUCUCCAAGGAGACAGCCAGGCUUAGUCCAGAGGGCAUCCGCUACUGUGCCACCAAAGUGCAGUCCAUCACUUGGAUCCAGCGUGUGGCUGGCAGGGUGACCCACUAUGCGUCUCACCUCCGCCACGAGACGUCUGUGGACGUGACGCUUGGCUGCUACCAGCAGACUGAUGUCUCAGUGGUGUACGCCACUCUCCACAUGGGGCUGGACGGGCUUCUCUCCUCUUCAGCGUGGUCGGAGGCUGCCUCCUUCUCUACGCCCACCACUCAGCAGUUCACUGACCCAGAGCCUGAGGGCCACAACUGCUAUGAGGUCAGACGUCACACACACAUACUAUUGACUAGGAGCAUUAAGAUCCUUCCAAUGACCGAUUGUUUCCUCUACCUUACCACCAAGAGAGUGGAGGAUAUCGCCCUGAGGCUUGUCUCCCUGCGCCAGGCCUUCACUACCCUGCUUGGUUCCACCCUGAGCAGGAACCAUCUGUUUGUGGCGGGAAAGGUCCUCCUGGGCGCAAUGGUUCAGGCCAACCACAUGGACGAGGCCAAGUUCAUCCGUACCUAUAAGGACUUUGUGGUCCAUGAUAAAGAAUGA